AAUUAUAAGUAAUAAAUAUGUGUAAAUAUAUGUCAUAAUAAUUAACUUAUAACGUCAAGGAAGUUUCUGCUGAUGAUAAGAUAGCUUAAAUCUUCCUUUCGAAAUCUAAUCUUUUUCCAUCGCCGUAAAUUCAAUAUGGGUUGGUUAUCCCUUUGCGUCUGUGGCACAAAGCGCGAGUCCAACGACAGGAAGACCAAGAAGGACGGAACCAAGCGCAAGAAGAAUAAGAAAUGUAAAAAGAAUCCCAAGCAGAAGGGAUCUUGCAAAGCGCCGCCGUUCAUCGUCGACGAGUUCUUGCAGCGCAAAUCGCAGGACGAACAGCCGAAAGAAAUCGCGGAAAAGGAAUGGACGAACGGGGAAAUUGUUAAUUACCUCAAUGAUUGCGCGAAAAGUCGGAUUGGCUCGACUGAUCAAACCGAUCCAUUGAAAGUCAACGGUUCGUCGUCUUGUCGAAACGGCGACGAUUGUGGGAGCUCCGAGAGGUCUCUCGACUCUCUCGAGAACGCGGAGAGAAACGCGGAAGAAUCCGCUCGAGAAUCAUGUGAUAUCGAUUAUUACGACAAUGCGGUGCUGCAUUCGUGGUGCGCCUCGAGCACGGCGGACGAAAACGAGGAGCGAGUCAAGUGCACCUUGGAUGAGAGGGAACACGAUGAAGAGGCGGAUCCGGACGGAUCCGUUCCGAGAUCGUUCGGCGAGCCCGAAGAUUCGUCCUGGACGUCGGAAGUCGAGGACAGGCAGGACGCGGCGCUGGACUCGAGCUGCGACAGGAAGCGCGGCGAAAGAGUUUCGUCCAGAAUUAAUUUCUCCAACGAGAAGCAAGGAAAGUCGAAGGCGAGAGACGUUCCGACGAAGAAAGGGACCAGGAACGUUCUUCCGCCGAUCAAAGGAAGACCCCGCGCCGAGGCUUGCAUGGAUGAUGAGGAAGUGCAAGCCCACGGCGAGACGAAUAAAUUUGGUUUCAAGAGAGCCGCGGCGGCGUCUCGCGAGCGGAACGAGGUUCGGCGGAAAUUGAACUCGUGCAGCUUCGAGGUUCGACCGUACGAGAAUGAAGAACGGGGCGGGAAAGAAAGAGGCGGCGGAAGAGCGACGAAGAUUCGGGGCGAGGGGUCCAUGAUACCCAGACUCGCGUCCCCGCUGCGGCCGGGAACGCAUUCGGUCAGGAACGACAGCGAUAAAUCAGAGCUCGUGGAAAACGGUCGCGUUCACUCGGCAGUCGUCUCCGGUAUCAAUUUGGAGCAGCGCACCGUAACUGUAGAAUGGUUCGAGAGAGGAGAAACCAAAGGCAAAGAGGUGGAAAUCGACGCGAUUCUCGCCUUGAAUCGCGAUUUGAACCAAAAGAUGGGACCACGAAACGAGGCUAUAUGUGCGCUACCGCAGGUGAUGAACAAUCACAUGCUGGCGUCCUCGAGAGCAAGGCACUCCACCCGGCCGUCUAUUCCAGUGAAAGCGGGUUCGAAUAGGCAAUUGUCACGACCAACGGGUCGACCGACGAACAUAAUGUCGUCGACCACGUCGGUGAACGGUCACGGCGAAUCGGUUUCCGGCCUCACCGGACGCCGGGAACUCGAGAAUAUACCGCCGACACCGACGACGACCGUCACGCAAUGCAACCUGAUGACCCCGGUGAACAGACAGCAGAAGCAGACGCCGCAGCAGCAACAGCAACAGCAGCAGCAGCAGCAGCAGCAGCAGCAGCUGCAGCAACAACAGUCCCAGAUAGAGAACGGCCGGGGUAGGCGAUCCAAUGUCGUCAAGGAGGUCGAGAGACUGAAGAAGAACAGGGAAGAGAGGAGGCAACGACAAGCAGAAUUGAAGGAGGAGAAGGAAGCGCUGAUGAAUCUGGAUCCAGGCAAUCCGAAUUGGGAGUUCCUUGCCAUGAUAAGAGAAUACCAAAACAGCAUAGAAUUUAGGCCGCUGCGGGAGACUGACGCCGUGGAGGAUCAUCAGAUCACUGUGUGCGUGAGGAAACGUCCACUCAACAAGAAGGAGCACGUGCGCAAGGAGAUUGACGUGAUCAGCGUGCCCAGCAAGGAUCAGAUGGUGGUGCACGAGCCCAAGUCCAAAGUCGAUCUCACGAAGUAUCUCGAGAACCAGAUCUUCAGAUUCGAUUACGCGUUCGAUGAGACGUGUAACAACGAGAUCGUCUACAAGUACACGGCCAAGCCGUUGGUGCAGACGAUCUUCGAGGGUGGCAUGGCCACGUGCUUCGCGUACGGUCAGACUGGCAGCGGCAAGACCCAUACAAUGGGCGGCGACUUCAACGGCAAAACGCAGGACUGCAAGAAGGGCAUCUACGCCAUGGUUGCCAAAGACGUGUUCAAAUGCCUCAAACUGGCCAAGUAUCGGCCCCUGAAUCUGGUCAUUUCCGCUAGCUUCUUCGAGAUCUACUCUGGCAAGGUGUUCGAUCUUUUGGCGGACAAGGAGAAACUGCGAGUUCUGGAGGACGGCAAGCAGCAGGUGCAAAUAGUCGGAUUAACGGAGAAGGUGGUGGAGACUUGCGACGAAGUGUUGAAGCUAAUACAGCACGGGAACAGUGCCAGAACGAGCGGUCAGACGAGCGCUAAUUCUAAUUCUUCGAGAUCGCACGCGGUCUUUCAAAUAAUAGCGCGCAUUCCGGGCACGCAUAAGGUGCACGGAAAGUUUUCGCUCAUCGAUCUUGCUGGUAAUGAAAGGGGUGCUGACACUUCGUCCGCUAAUAGGCAAACUCGAAUGGAAGGUGCCGAGAUCAAUAAAUCUCUAUUAGCAUUAAAAGAAUGUAUACGCGCGUUAAGCCGUAAGGGCACGCAUCUGCCUUUUAGAGCAAGCAAACUGACUCAAGUAUUAAGGGACAGUUUUAUCGGUGAAAAAUCAAAAACAUGCAUGAUAGCGAUGAUUAGUCCCGGGAUGAGUUCCUGCGAGCAUUCCCUAAACACGUUGAGAUACGCGGAUCGAGUGAAGGAAUUGGCAGCGACCGAUCCUACGGAAAUAAAAGCCUCGCCGACGGACGACGAUCGGGGUAUGAAGAUCGAGGAGCAGGGGAACAACAGCGUGUUAUCGGAUAGCGAUUUAGCGCAGCUACGAUCUCUCAAUGAAGGUGAACUUUCGCAAGAUCUGUACACUUUUCACGAGGCAGUAUCAGCUCUGCAACUGCUCGAGGAGGAAGUGUUGGAUACGCACAAACUGGUCAUGGAUAACACGACUAAAUUCCUUAACGACGCGCACAGUGUGUUCAGCGCGACUCACGAGGUGGAUUACGAUCAAGAAGAUUUGAGGCGGAAAAGAACAAAGUUUGAGUCACCCUACCUGAGGAGUUUCUCGUUGCGUAGACAUCUUAUAGAGAGAAAACUAUUUUCCGACGCAUAUGCCCAAAAGUGGGAGCAGCUGUUAUUACAGCAACGUGACAUUCUGAACGCCGCGCUCGACCAAGUCAGCCAGUUCCGCGGGCAGCUGUUGCAGGAGGAGCAAAUCAGCCAGAAGAUGACCCGAACGCGCAACAUCACAACGCGGUACAAUUAAGGACGUUUUACCCCCUCUCUAGCGAACGCGGAAAAAAAGACACAAAAAUGUAAUUGUUCUCUCACCGGUGGAAAAAGAAAACAGCUUCUUAUGUGUGUAUCAAUUUAUAAUUACAAAAAGCGCGCGCGCGAAAAGCAGAUAUGCCAUGACACUAGUGCGACAGUUCAUAGGAGAACACAAAAAAAAUGUAACAAAACAAAAACUUCGUCUUGCCUUCGAAAUUGCUGCGAAAAAAUAUAUAUGUAUGUUGUCGAGGUAGAGCGAGAGGAGCUCGACUCAUAUAAAUCUCACCUUGUAUCAUAUUAACGAUUCUUCUCUCUGUAGCAAAAUGACAGAAUAGGAAGAGAAAAUUCUGCAGGAAGGGAAUACGUAAAGCCGGAAUAAUACGGCAGGCAUAAUAACAAAUAAUUGCUUAAGGAUUCACCAGCGAAAAAUUAACAUUUGUUUUUUACCGUAUUAAAUUUUACGUUGGUCUCGGUGGGAGUCGGCGAAGAACUUUUUUUUUUUAGCCAAGAUUUCUUUCUAGUGCCUCUCUUUUAGCUCGGAAUCGUUGAGGAAAUUUUAAGCAAGAUACGCGAAAUCGCUCGCGAAUUUUUGGCUCGGGAAUCAAGUUCCGUCAGUACGUGAUUGCAUAUCUUUCGAAACGAGUUCUUGCCGUGUGCUCUACAUGUGUUUUCGGGCCGCACCGAGACAGAGUGAAAUUUUUACGCCGUCAACGACAACACAUCGAUAUUACUAUUCGAUUGUACCAUUUGUCCGUCUCUGAGACACAGAGCACCCGUCGCGAAUGAUAAAUAAUGCGUAAUACGCCGUCAGAUAAACACUCGUCUUUUUUUUUUUUAGGCUGUAGAAUGCUAGGUGUAUUAUUACGAGGGACCCAGUGUAUUAUUAAAUAAAGAGAAAAAAAGCCUUAGUGAGCCGAUUUGCCAGAGAAGAAAAAAAAAGCAGAGAUAUAUUAUAUAUGUCACUUGGCGAUACUUUGUACACGCUCGUUUCACACAUGCAUACAUACACAAGUGCAUACAUACACACGCGUAACGAUCGAUUCUUUCGUAAACCAAAUAACGACUGAUUUCGAGAGGAUGAAAGAAAAAAAAAACGAUGUAACUCGUGUAGAGGGAGACAUCACCCAGCGGCGCUCAUCCGGAUAUUUAAGUUUCUUAGUAUUAAUAUCGUCGACGGCAUCAAACGGUCCUCUCUUUUUUUUUCUUACGUUAUUAAAAGUAUGAGAUUAAAAUCUUCAUUUGAUUUAUCACGCAUAAAACUCCUGUGUUUUCUUUCUCACUCUACUGAAUCGCAAAUACACUCUCGCGGAGCGGUCUCAGCGUGCGCGCGCGCAAUUGCUUCGCAAAUUUCACUACGGAUACGUCCAACGGAAUACCGUCGAUUUUUAUCGUUAUAGUCGCUGCGAUGAAGUUAAACGUUGCCCCUAACAAUCAUAAUAUUUCCUUUAGCCAAAGGAGUUCGAAUCUUCGUAAGAUAUAACGCAAUGGAUUCUUAUCCUAUCCCGUUUCUGAUUCCCUAAGAUACGUCGCAACAAUCGAUUCCAAUAUGAUGCUAAUAUUAUAAUAUUAUGUAUUUGGAAUUAAUAUGAAAUCAGCAUCCUUUGGACGAAAAUAUAGAGCUCCUUCAAUGAAUCGUAGGAAGCAGAGCUAGGGUUCACAAUCAGUGUUCAGCAUUCGUGUAAAUUAAGAAACGCAACAAAUUAUGUUUAACAUUUUUUAAAAUAUUCUUUACUGUCGGUCCAUACAUACGUGUUCUCAAUAUUCGUUCUAACGGUCUAAAAUAUUUACCAUGGCUUGUUAUUCGUGCGGGCCGACCAAGUUUUGUCUCAUCACGAUUUGUUGAGGAUCAUACAUCGCAUUACAAUGCCAAUCGCAAGGAAAUAUAUCGCGCACUGCAGUCACACUAGACAAUAGAGAAUUAAGAAGAUUAAUAUAAUGCGUAUCGCACGUCACACAACUUUAUCUCUUUUGAAAAGAUUUUAUCCCAGAUUCCUGUGUAAGCGUAAAAAAAUCCUCGUGCGUCUCGCAAGUUUAACAAUCAUUAACCACGUAUACGCUCGAUUUUUGUAAAUGUAUAGAGAGCCGCGUUCUAAUUACGACUCGAGGGUGGUUAAUCUCGGUCUUAGAGGUAAAUUAACAAAGUAACAAUAACACACGCGGAUAGAUGAGAGUAACUGAGCAUUGACGUUUCUGUGUUGACAAGAUUUACGAUUUUUUAUAUAAAUAUAUAAAAUACUCAUAGAGCGCGCGCGGAGUAAAGAAAUUGUUUGAGAUUACUGUUGUAUCAAACGACGAGAAGACACGCAUGCCGCCGAGGGGACAUCCUCUAAUUUAAUUUAGCAGCUCGAUACUCAUCGGGUAUAUAUUAUCGGGAACUGUGACCACUGUGUGAGUAAUGGAGUCACGCUUGACUUGUCG